GUUGCAUCCCAGGAUGCAGAGUUCGCUCCGCACGUAACGGCCACGUGCAAAUCAGGCUCCAUGAACAUACGAAUUCAGUUCACCGCCCCCUACAAUGGUGUGGUCCAUGCAAGAGACUACCGAACGCCUGCUUGCAUGACGUUCGGAAAUGGGUCAGCCGUGGUUGGACUAAGUCUUAAUCUGCUGGCCAAGCAGGGCAACAGCGAAUACUGUGGAAUUCUAGUCAGUAACGUCAGUGGAGGAGAGCGUUCUGAGGAGCGAUCAGUCCAAUUGGCCGUACGAGUUCACAAAACGCUGGAACUAGCGGACGAUAAAUUUUACGUUAUCACAUGUGGAAAAACAGGAUUUGCAAGGGAUGACAACUCUCCAGUGGCGCUUAAGUUCUUCGAAAAUGAACGUCGUGUCCAGGAAACUGUAUACGGUCGGAGAUACACGGUCAAAGCAGAGGUUACACAUCCGAAUGGAACCCAUGGAAUCCGCGUUAGAAAUUGCUUCGCCUUCAACAAAAAGAACAAAACUAUUAUAUUGAUUGACGACCGAGGGUGCCCUGUAAUGAACAGUGGAACUUACAUCAUGACACGCUUCCGAACUGCUGCCAAUGGAACCACGGCUACUGCCAUGUUGAACUCAAUGUUCCGGUUUCCAGAAGGGUCCGAAGUUCAUUUCCAGUGUGACGUAGACCAGUGCAACGGUCUUUGUCCGGAUAUUGACGACAGCACGUGCGCACAGGAUUCAAGCGCCUAUACAAAGUCUGGGCGACAGUUGGGACAAACUGACGAGGGAAUGCUAUUGGCAGCCACAACAGUGUUUGUACUCGAUCCAAUAGAUGCCAAACCUCUUGGGCCGCUAUGCGAAGACAGUGGUAUCAGACCACAUUGGCUGCUAUGGCUAACGAUCGCGCUCGCAGUCUUGUUCCUCAUCAUGCUGUUGAUGAACAUCUUCCUCUGUACAGCUAUGAGUUGUAGUUGCGCAAGAACAGAGAUAAUCGAGAAGGAGCCCUCCAUCAUCGAAGA